AUGAUGGUGAGUUUAAAAGGACACCGUUGUGCUAUGCCUUUAUUCCAUGUUGUGGUUCGCGGAAAUUAUGAUACAGAUGCUGGUGUUGGCAUGGUUCAAUGGCAAAUGGCAUCUUCUUCAGACUCAUGGAUGAAGGAAUAUAAUGAAGCUGUAAAACUUGCUGAUGAUAUCACUGGCAUGAUUUCUGAACAUAGUUCGUUGCCUGCAUCUGGACCAGAAACCCAGCGGCAUGCAUCUGCUAUAAGAAGGAAGAUCACGAUAUUAGGGACCAGGCUUGAUAGUUUGCAAUCUCUUUUGUCAAAGGUCCCUGCAAAAACUGAGAAGGAGAUGAAUCGUCGCAAGGACACGCUUUCAAAUUUGAGGACAAAAGUUAACCAAAUGGCCUCAACAUUGAACAUGUCAAACUUUGCAAAUAGGGAUAGCUUGCUUGGGCCAGAAAUAAAGUCAGAUGCAAUGAGCAGAACUGUUGGCCUGGACAACAGUGGUCUAGUUGGUCUUCAACGGCAAAUUAUGAAAGAACAAGACGAUGGCCUUGAGAAAUUGGAGGAGACUGUAAUCAGUACUAAACAUAUUGCGUUGGCAGUGAAUGAAGAGCUGGAUCUACACACCAGGCUCAUUGAUGACUUAGACGAACAUGUAGAUGUAACAGAUUCUCGGCUGAGGCGAGUGCAAAAGAACUUAGCAGUUUUGAACAAACGUACCAAGGGUGGUUGCUCCUGCUUGUGCAUGCUUUUAUCAGUCAUUGGUAUAGUGGUUUUGAUUGUUGUCAUAUGGCUGUUGGUCAAAUAUUUGUAA